UGAGCGGGGGGAGGGGCGCUCCCGGCCCGCGCGCUAAUGGCGCCUUAGCGGCGCCUCUGCCCGGCGCUUGCUUCGCCCUCACUGUGUCCCUCUUCCCUCCCCCCAGGAGAUGGCGAAGAGCCUGAGGAGCAAGUGGAGGAGGAAGAUGCGGGCGGAGAAGAGGAAGAAGAACGCGCCCAAGGAGCUGGAGAGGCUGAAAAAGAUCCUGGGAACCAACGCGGAUGUCGCCAUGGAGGAGGUCAAGGAGGUGGCGACCGUGCUGCCCCCCAAGAAGGUCCUCGAGCAGGGGGAUGACUGCAAAAUGGACAUAGAUAAUAAACGAAACAAGAAAACGCUUCUGGACAAGCAUGGACAGUACCCAAUAUGGAUGAAUUCCAGGCAGAGAAAGAAGCUGAAGGCACAGCGUGUUAAAGGGAAAAAAAAAUCAAAACUAGCCAAAGGCCUAGCCUGGUAAAGCCAAUUUUGUAAGAUCAUGAAUUUUUUACUUGCAAAAUAAAUAUCCUAAAUAAGUACAUUUUUGUGCUUGGUCACAGAGUAUAAUUAGUAUACUAGUUAGUAUACAUGUAACACUGCGUGUUACAUGAAGUUUUGAAGAGACCCUUAGGCCAGCAAAUGAUGAAAGCAAUAUCAAUUGGGUGUCUGCCAAACUUGAAAAAAGAAAACCCAAAAAGCAUGCUGAGUGCCUUUGAAUAGACUAAGCUGUGGCUACCUGUUUUCUUGGGGGGGGGCAGGGUCUUCAUCUUUUAAAUUGUGAACGCUGAAAAUGCUAAAAGGAAUCCCAGAAGUAAUUAAACUAAAUGGUUUUUGUACUGUGGUCUUUGUCAGUGUAACUUGUCUUUUAGUAAAUUUAAACAAAGGAUUCUGUAAGCUCGCCAUAUCCUUUAAAUUAUUCUGUAAAAUUACUUUUGUUGCACUGUUUUGUGUUGCUUUUAACAUAUGGUAGUUACAAAAAUGGGGUUUUAACAUGUAUUUUAAAAGAGAUUAUACACUGAAAUCAACACCAAGGCUUCAUGAAACUUCUAUAAGUAAAAAGACAGUGUCAGUCUGACUAAUUUGCAAAGAGAAAGUUGUUGGAACAAAGAAGUAUUUCACUGCUGUCUAUAACUAAAACAUUGUAGGAACUAAAUAACUGGAAGGAAAACAUUCUUUUGUUAUUAAUAUGAGAGAAUGCAAACACAGAUUGGAAAUAACAUUGUUUUAUUUAGGAUUUUCCAAGUUUUAGUAAAGUAAAUGAGGAUUUA